UCAACUUCGAAGUCCCAAAGUACUAUAAAGUGAAGAACUUCGCUGGGGGAGGGGUCUUCACCUUUGAUUAUCUUACUUCCACCUGCCUCGAAUACAACCUAGCCAGAUUCAUCAUCUGGGUUUCUGUUUCAUCGAAGAAUCACCUGAUAUUGUAUUACAAGAAUUAAUGUCGUUUACUGAUUUCCCCACUACCCACUAACCAUUAAGAUCGAUAUAGAUACAGUUCCAUUGUUUUGGGACCAAUCACUUAACCACUGUGACUGUUUUGAAGUGUUUCUGAUCUUCAGGCAAUGUGAUGGCCGGAAAUCGAGUUUCCAGUGAAGGUAAUGUCCCAGCAAAACAAACCCAUAUGGAGUUUCUGUUGGGGAUGAUGAGAAGAUUACCAAGGACGGUUUGGCAGAUGACAUUGAAGGUUGGUAAAGAAGACCCAAGAAGGAUUAUUCAUUCCUUCAAAGUUGGGUUGUCAUUGACAUUGGUAUCCUUGUUGUAUCUAUUGGAGCCAUUGUUUGAAGGAAUGGGUCAGAAUGCAAUUUGGGCUGUCAUGACUGUGGUGGUUGUUCUUGAGUUUACUGCAGGGGCAACUUUGUGCAAAGGAAUAAACAGAGGACUUGGUACUCUUACAGCAGGCUUGUUGGCCUUUCUUAUUGAAUUUAUAGCAGAUGAGACUGGUUAUGUAGGUCGAGCUAUUUUCAUUGGAGUUGGAGUACUUUUGAUAGGUGCUGCAAGUACAUACACCAGAUUCUUUCCUAAAAUAAAGAAGAACUAUGAUUAUGGAGUUGUGAUAUUUCUCUUAACAUUUAAUCUGAUAACUGUAUCCAGUUAUCGUAUGGAUGUGCUAACAAUGGCAUAUCAGCGAUUCUACACAAUCGUAAUCGGCUGUGCUAUCUGCCUUAUAAUGAGCCUAGUGGUUUUUCCAAAUUGGUCUGGGGAGGACCUCCAUAAUUCCACUGUCCUCAAGUUGGAAGGGUUAGCAAGAUCAAUAGAAGCUUGUGUUAAUGAGUACUUCGAAGAAUCGGAGAAUCAAAGUUUUGAAAAUAAAUUAUUAGAAGACCCCAUUUACAAGGAUUACAAGGCAGUUCUGGACUCCAAAUCCAGUGAUGAGACCCUGGCAUUACAUGCGAGUUGGGAACCAAGGCAUUCAAGACACUGUCACAGAUAUCCAUGGCAACAAUAUGUGAAACUGGGGACUGUUCUUCGCCAUUUUGUGUACACAGCUGUGGCUCUGCUUGGAUGUUUGCAUUCUGAAAUUCAGAGUCCACAUUCUGUUCGAGCUCUCUUCAAAGAUCCAUCAAUCCGAGUGGCCGGAAAACUAUCAGAGGUACUGAUGGAACUUGCUGACAGCAUUAGAAACCACCGACGCUGCUCUGCAGAGAAACUCUCUGAUCAACUCCAAGAAGCAUUGCAAGAUCUGAAUGCUGCGAUCAAAUCAAAACCUCGACUAUUUGGUGGCUCAAAUGAUAAUGAGGCAACCAAGAUGCCUGAUGCCGUUGCUGCUGCUGCAAAUCAAAAGUCCAACAAGGACUUGGGUGUAAGCUUAUCCUCUGUCAAGACAGACAACUUGGAGUCACUUGAAUGGAAAAGUAAAAGGGUUGAAGACCAGUUAAAGGAUUCUGAGCGUCAAAAAUUAAGGCCAUCAUUCAGUAAGAUCACUAUCACUAGUCUUGAAUUCUCUGAAGCACUCCCUUUUGCUGCCUUUGCUUCACUGCUAGUGGAGACAGUUGCAAGGCUUGAUCUUGUUAUUAGUGAGGUUGAAAAAUUGGGAAGGAUGGCAUGCUUCAAAGAGUUCAAACUUGUAGAUGAAAUCAUAAUUACUUCUGAGAAAACGCCAAGAAAGAGCAUUGAAGAGCCACAAGUUUUUUCAGGUGGAUGUGACUGAUAAAGGGUGGUUCUGCAUUUAUACUCUAAUGACCACUGUAGAUAGCUAUGGUGUAUCACUGUAGAAGAUUGUUCUUAGUAAGAUAAAUUGAAGUUGAAUUACAAAAAAAUCGAAGGUACUCAUCUUGAUUAAUUUCUUGAAUCCCAAGGUAGUAGCCAAGCUGGCAAUA